UUUUUACAUGCCAACAACCAACUCUGUAAAUGUUGAAAAUUUUAUGCUGGAACUGCUUUGACAGAAUGGCGAUAUCGAUUAUCAUCGAGGGCUUUGGUACAAAUGGAAAGGUUAAUGAAGCAAUGAAAAUCUUCCAUUCAAUUGCAUUAUGCUUUCAUUGUUGAUCUCUUGGGUUGAUUUGGAAUGCUCAAAGAGGUUCUCCAACUCCAGUAUCUGCGUCUGCUCCGGAUUCAGCUCUUACUUGGGACGUUUUCUUGAGCUACCGUGGUCCGGAUACAGGGCCUAAUUUUACUGGUCAUUUGUACGCUGCACUGAAUCGUCAUGGCAUUCAAACAUAUAAGGAUGAUUAUAAGCUACGGAUGGGAGAUAAUAUCUCAGAUGCUUUGAGAGAGGCUAUAGAAGAAUCCAAAAUUUACAUUGUCGUCUUCUCCAAAAAUUAUGCUUCUUCUCCCUGGUGCCUCAAUGAGCUGGUAGAUAUCGUCAGAUUCAAAAAUACAGAACACAGGUUGAUUAUUCCUGUGUUCUACAAAAUUGAUCCAUCUGUUGUGCGUCAUGUAACCGAGAGUUUUAAAAAAGCUUUUGAAGUUCAUCAAGAAGGGUACUACAAGGAUCAAAUGCAGCAAGUGGACAAAUGGCGUGCUGCACUGAAAGAAGCCGCAAAUGUUUCAGGAGAACAUGUUUGUGAAAAGAACAGAGUGGAAGCUGAUGUCAUAGAAAGGAUUGUUGCCGAUAUUUUACCAAGGAUAAAUCCCAAAGUUUUCGAUGAGGAAACUGUUGGCUUGGACUAUAGCAUUGAGAGCAUAGAAGCAAUGUUGAGCAACCAAGAAGGCGUUACUAAAAUUGGUAUAUAUGGCAUGGGCGGAGUUGGCAAAACAACUCUUGCCAAAGCUGUGUUUACCAAAAUAUAUCUCCUCUUUGAAGGCAGUUGCUUCCUAGCAAACAUAACUUCAGAUUCAGGCACAGUAAAUGACAUGAAGGCGUUACAACAGCAACUUCUUAGUGAUGUUCUUCUCCAAAAUGAGAAGGAUGUUAAUAAUGUUGCCCAAGGAGAAAACUUGAUAAAAGCUAGAUUAAGAAAGAAAAAAAUUCUGGUUGUUAUCGAUGAUCUGAACCACACUUAUCAAUACAAAUCUUUGGGAGUAGAGUCAUUUGCUCAAGGGAGUGUGGUCAUCGUAACUACAAGGCACGAAGAUAUACUGGAAGAUUUUGGAGUAAUAACCGAAUGUCGAUACAGGGUAAAUAAGUUGGGUCCUAGAGAGUCGCUCAUACUUUUUAAACAACAUGCAUUUCAGUUUGGUUCUAAGCCUGACAGCGCUCUAGUGAAAUUGUCUAAUGACAUUCUGUAUUUGGCUGAUGGGCUUCCAUUGGCCCUGAAGGUUUUUGGCUCGUUUUUGCGUACGAAAUACACAAUUGAAGAAUGGAGAGAUUUCAUUGAAAAACUGAAAGACACUCCCAACAAAGAAAUUCAGGAUAGUCUUCUAAUUAGCUUCAAUGCCAUAGACGAUGAUCCUCAAGUGAAGAAAAUGUUCCUUGACAUUGCUUGUUUUUUUGUUGGAUGGUCGAAAGAAAGGGUGUUUAAAAUAUUGGGAACUUAUUAUUCGAAUGUAAAUGUGAAAAUUAACAAUUUGAAGAAAAGAUGUUUACUGGCUGUUCAUUAUGAGGAUAUGGUCGAUAAAGAUGUAUUGCAUAUGCAUGAUCUCCUUCGGGACAUGGGAAGGGAAGUUGCACGUAAUAAUUCUCCAGGUGAGCCUGAAAAAUAUAGCAGGCUCUGGCUGUCUGAAGACAUACACACUGUGUUAAGUGAGGACAAUGAGGAAAUAAUGGCGAUUGAAGGUAUUCUUUACAAUGAGAAGGGAGUUUCCAGCUGCGAAAUAACAUUGGAAACGGAAACAUUUAAAAAGAUGAAAAAGCUAAGAUUUCUUCGCCUUAGUGGUUUCAAAGAUCUCACUGGAAGCUUUAAACAAGCCUUUAAAGAUUUGAGGUGGCUACAUUGGGAUUUAUGUCCUUUACACUGUCUUCCACCUGAAUUCAAACCCCUAAAUCUUGAAAUACUUGUAUUGCGUCGUAACAUUAUGAGAACACUGGUGCCAGGCAUGGUUUUCAAGAAGUUACACACUCUAGAUAUCUCGUAUUCCAUAUAUUUAACUAGAACUCCAGAUUUUAAUAUGUUACCCUGUUUGGUAACUUUGAAUAUCGAGGAGUGUAAAAGGUUGGAGGAGGUGGAUAGAUCAGUUGGAAGUUUACCAAGGCUUGUUUCCUUAAAUUUGAGAGGUUGUGUGAAGCUAGCAAGUCUUCCGGACACUAUUGGCCACUUGAAAGCACUGAAACAUUUUAAUGCUUCUAACUGUCCGAGCCUGGUAGAAGUGCCUGAAGAAUUGGGGAACAUGGAAUCCUUAGAAGAACUAAAAAUAAUGGGGUUAAAUGGUGAGAAAUUACCACAAUCCAUUGGCUUGCUCUAUAAUCUUGUUGUGUUAGAUUCAGCAUUUAACAGAAAACUUAAAACCCUUCCGGAAAACAUUUGCAAGCUGAGAUCAUUGGAAGUUCUGAAAGUUGAUUUAUGUUAUAAUCUGGAAGCAUUGCCUGAAGAAUUGGGGAAUAUUACAUCCCUAAAAGUGCUAGAUAUAUCAGGGACAAGAGUUUCAAGUUUACCAGAUUCGAUAGGAUAUCUUACUAACCUUGUUAAGCUGAUAUUAAGUAAUAAUUCCAACCUCAAUACUCUUCCAGACACAAUUUGCAAUCUCAGAUCAUUGAAAAUUUUAGAGAUUGACAGUUGUGAGAGGCUAGAAGAAUUGCCAGGCCAACUGCAGAAGAUUACAAGCUUGAGGGAGCUACUUUUAAGUAGUACUGCAAUUUCAAAAGUGGAAUUAAGCCAACUCCCAUUAUCAUUAAAAAGGUUAGAUUUUUCUAAGAGUGUUCUGACUGCCCUGCCAUCCGGUAUCAGCCAGCUAUCGAACCUAGAGUACCUUAAUAUUGAAGGAUGUAAGCAGCUGUUGUCCAUUGAAGAACUUCCUCCAAAUCUGAAAGAGCUAAAUGCAUCUUAUUGUCCAUCUGUAAAAAUAUAUCGAGCCAUUUUGAAACACUUGGAGGUACUGAACCUUGAAUAUUGCAGUGGUCUGAAAGAGAUUCAAGGUUUAGAGGAACUCACUUCUGUUAAAGAAUUUAAUUUUACAUGGUGCAGACAACUAUGGUGUAUUGCAGAACUUCCUCCUAAUCUGAAAUUGUUAAGUGCAUAUCAGUGUUCAUCUCUGAAAAGACUGCCACAUCUAUCCAACUUGAAACACAUGGAGAAAAUGGACCUCAGAAAAUGUGUAGGUUUGACAGAGAUUCAAGGCUUGGAGGAACUCACUUCCUUAAAAAUACUUGAUCUCGACAUGUGUACUAAUUUGUUGACUAUUGGAGAACUUCCUUCUACAAUUGAAUGGAUGAAGGCCAAUGGCUGUUCGUCUAUGAAAAUUUUACCCGAUCUAUCCAAUCUGAAACACUUGGAGAUGUUGGACCUUACAGGUUGUAGUGCUUUGACAGAGAUUCAAGGUUCAGAGGAACUCUCUUCUAUCAGGGAACUUCGCUUGGAAGAUUGCAGCUUAUCUCUUCUUCAACGCAUUUUCACAAAACGUUUCUUUCAGACUUACUCUGGAUUCGGGAAUGUUAUUAGAAUUUACCCUGGGGUGAAAAUGUAUUUGCCAAGUUGGAUAAGUCAAUUACAUGAUUCAGAAUCAAGAAGAAGAGUGUCGUUGGAUCUGACGCCAAGUACGUCACACAAUUUUUUGGGGACGAUCCUUUGCUUCAAAGAAGCAACAUCUGUCCAUUGGAACGAAAACACUUAUUCCAUUAAGAACAUCAGAAGUGGUUUCAAAUGGAGCAGCAGCAUUCACAACUAUUACACUGAUGGAUUAAUAAUAAUAGUACCAGAGUCGAUCUUCUCUGUCACAGACAGUGAUCACAGAAUUGAAUUCACAGCAGCAGGAAGAGAAUUUUUUGCUAUUCAUCUAUUGUACAGUGAUUGAAUAUCCGCUACAAAAUGGUGAAGACAGAAAUAUCGGAAGCAGAGAAUCUAUAUUUCAAAAUAAAGGGUGUAUAUACAAUUGCUUCAAAAAAGCCGAAAGCUAUAUUGAAAUAUUAACUUUUACAAUAGAGAAUUUAAUACUUUUC